CUGCUGGCCUGGGGCAGGCGCGCUUGACACAGAGGGUCUGGCGGGCCGCCCCUCCUUUUGGGGCUGGCUGGGGGUGGAGAGCGGCUCUGUUCCGGUGCAUUCCUCCCUCGGAGGCCAUGCCCCGUUCCCACUCCCCUCUGCCCCUUCUCCGCCUUCUUUUCCUCUGGGCUGGCCGCUGCUCCCUCUCGCUCCGACUGUUAUUUGCUUUCCUCACUCAGGGAAGUGAAUCUGAAGAGGAAAGGACCUCCGGCCCUGCCAGUCAUCUACGGCUCUCGCCCGGUCAGUGCCUGCUGCUGCAGACAAGCUUCUGCCUCAACCUUGUUCUGUUAAAUCCGACAACCUGCUCCCCCACCCGGAAUUUGACCAGCUUGGAUCACCGCCCCCUGCCCUUCCUGCCUAGCAGCUGUGAAGCCAGGAUGAAGCCAGGCAUGGUUGGGUACCUGCUGGCAGCUGCCCUCUUCUGCUCCACCCAGGGCAGGUCACCUUCUCGGCAGCCACCAGCAGGAGUCCGCUCCCCAGUGGUGCCUUUUGAGGAAGUCUGGAGCCGCAGCUACUGCCAUGCCAGAGAGACAUUGGUGGAUGUCCACAGCGCGUUCCCCGAUGAGGUUGAGCACAUCUUCAAGCCCCCAUGUGUGCCCCUGUGGCGAUGCGCUGGCUGCUGUGGCGAUGAGAGCCUGGAGUGUGUGGCUGUGGAGACCCGCACCAUCGACUUGGAGGUGCUGCGGGUGAGCCCCAUCUUGGGCACAAUUCAGCAGGAGGAGCUGACCUUCACGGAGCACAUGCGGUGUGUUUGCAGGUCUCGGCGGAAACGUUUGAAGAGUGAAAAGAACCACCGGAUGGGAACCAAGAGGAAGCCGCGAGUGCCAAGCCCCCCCGUCUCCCCCCCUCUCUGCCAGUUCUCCAUGGGCAGACGCGACACUGUGAGUGGGGGCUGGGAAGAGACGCCAAGCCCGGCAGAAACCCAUGGUGGGCCUUUGCCUCCUAGAGCCGUUUCCCUCUGAAGCUAGAGUGCAGCCCACUGCUGCCGGCUGGGACCACGCAGGGAGCUGGCCCUGGAGAGCCAGGGAAGGGUCUUGUCGCAAAGGCCAACAGUGGACUCCCCUUGAGCCGCUGUUCUCUUUCCAGUGCUGGGAAGUUGGGGAGGGGAGGCAUCUCCAGCAUCUGGGGAUGUUGGUAUGUGUCUGUCUACAAUUCUGUGGCAGUGUAACCUGGCCUAGUCUCUUCCAUGUUUGUUCGACUACAAAACUCAUCACUCCCAGCGAGCAAGGCCAUUGGCUGGGAACCAUGGUAAUUGAAGACUCAGCACAGCUGGAGAAUGCCAGGUUGGAGAAGGCUGUUUUCUACGUGAAACAUUUUUCUUCCUUUCCAAUGACCCAGCAAAGGAGUACAAGUUUCUGCAUGAAAGAGCUAGCUGGCCCUUUAUUUUUGACACGUCUUAUGUCUGAAACACAGGUGCCUCUUCUACCAAUGCAUCUCCCUCAGGGUUUGUGAUUAUGUGUGGUGUUAGCUUUAAUGGCUUAUAGCAAAAUAGUCCUUGUAGUAUACAGUACAUUUUUUAAAAAUUAGGCUUUGAUAUCUCUCCCCCUCUCCCCAUCUGGGAAGCUGGGAAAAAUUCCUUGGUUUUAUUUUAAAGAAUGUAGAUAAUGCCUUUUGGUCCUGUCUGGAUCGUUUUCAUGCCUUUUAUAACGCCUUGGAAUAAACUGAAUGCUGCUUCA